CUUCUCGAAAAGUCAGAUUCUUUCUCGGAAAACUCCAACUGUGUCUCAGAGUCUAUAUACUUCUUCAUGAUCAGUUUUGCUUCCAAUUCAGUGAAACAUCCAUCCCCCAGAUUCAUUAUCCGAUCACCAUGGGUUGUACGCAAUCGAAGAUAGAGAACGAAGAAGCUGUGGCUCGAUGCAAAGAACGCAAGCACUUGAUGAAAGAGGCCGUCUCGGCGCGAAAUGCCUUCGCUGCCGCACACUCCUCCUACGCCACCUACCUCAAGAACACCGGCGCUGCCCUGAGCGACUUCUCUGAGGGCGAGGUUCAAAACCCUCAAUUCGGCCCGACGACUGUCCCUAAUCCCUCCCUCCCGAUGCAACCAUCCUUCGAAAUCCCUCCGCCGCCUCCGCCUCCUCACAAUAUCCCCCCUGCUCCUCUUCAUCGUUCUGCGACUAUGCCCGAGAUGAUGGCGAAACCCCAAAUGGAACCGGUCGGGACCAUAAUCGAGGAGGAGGAGGAGGACAAAGAAUUGGAGAACGAUGGUGCUUUGAAUAAUAGAUUGAGGAGAAGGAGAAGUAAGAGAAAUAGUGGGGGGAGCAGUAGAGGUGGGACUAAGGAAAUGGUAGGAGAAGAAGAAGAAGAGGCUCGGCCUCCUGCUCCUCCUCCCCUAUCAAAAUCAAAACCAGCGACUCAAUUUGAGACAAAUCAUCCUAUGCCUGCGCCGCAUCCUGCUUUUGAAUACUUCUUUCCGCCGAUGGAGAACACGCCAGGACCGAGCUUGAGCACCGCAGACGAAGAAGUUAACAUCAAUAAAGAGGAAAUUGAGAGAAAGGAGUUUAACGAGAAGCCCAAUAUUGUGAGAGGCAGAAAUGAUGAGGUGCCGGAACCUGUACCUACGCCGGAGAAUGUGCCGGAGCCGCCACCGGCGCCGCAGCAGCAGGCUAUGAUGUUGUCACAGAAUGGGAAGAGUUCGAAGAAGGUGAAGCAGGGACAGGUUUCGAUUGUGGAGGGGAAUAUUGCGAACCCAAAAGUGAAUCUGAUACAAAUAUUUAAUGAGCUUGAUGACCAUUUUCUGAAGGCUUCGGAGAGUGCUCAUGAAGUUUCAAAGAUGCUCGAGGCAACGCGGAUGCACUAUCACUCCAAUUUCGCUGAUAAUAGAGGACACAUUGACCAUUCUGCGAGGUUGAUGCGAGUUAUUACAUGGAAUAGAUCCUUUAGAGGAAUGCCUAACAUGGAGGAUGGGAAGGAUGAUUUUGACUCAGAGGGGCAUGAGACUCAUGCUACUGUUUUGGACAAGUUGCUUGCAUGGGAAAAGAAACUUUAUGAUGAAGUAAAGACAGGUGAACUGAUGAAAUUUGAAUACCAAAGAAAGGUUGCCUCGCUUAACAAGCUAAAGAAAAGAGGUAAAAGCUCUGAUGCACUAGAGAGAGCAAAAGCAGCCGUCAGCCAUUUGCAUACAAGAUAUAUUGUAGAUAUGCAAUCCCUGGACUCAACAGUCUCUGAAAUUAGCCGCUUACGUGAUGAACAGUUGUACCCAAGACUCGUACAGCUAGUAGAUGGGAUGGCCACCAUGUGGGGAAUUAUGCGUGCGCAUCAUGAGAACCAGUCUAACAUUGCACUCGCAUUGGCAUCUCUGGACGAUUCCCAGUCACCUAAGAUGACAACUGAACACCAUCAUGAUCGAACAUACCAACUAUUGGUUGUUGUGCAAGAGUGGCAUUCACAAUUUGAGAAGCUAAUGAGCAAUCAAAGGAGGUACAUAAGGGCCCUGAACAAUUGGUUAAAAUUAAAUCUUGUCCAUAUUGAGAGCAAUCUGAAGGAAAAGGUUUCAUCCCCUCCAAGAGUUCAGAAGCCCCCCAUACACAGACUCCUUCUUGCGUGGCAGGAUUCUCUGGAAAAACUACCUGACGAAGUCGCUAGAACAGCCAUAUCCAACUUUGCUGCUUUGAUAGAUACUAUUUUUCAUCUACAAGCAGAAGAGAUGCAUUUGAAGCAAAAAUGUGAGGAAACACAAAAGGAGCUUAACCGAAAAAAGAGGCAUUUCGAAGACUGGUAUCGCAAGUAUAUGGAAAGGAAAAUACCAGAGGAGCCUGAUCCAGACAGGCCACAAGGCAAUAAUGCUAUUGAUGAAGUUGUUACGGAAAAGCAAUUUGUGGUUGAACAAGUGAAGAAGAGAUUAGAAGAUGAAGAAGAAGCAUAUGCAAGGCAAUGCGAUCACGUGAGGCAGAAGUCCUUAGUCACUCUCAAAAAUCGUUUGCCAGAGCUCUUCAGGAAUAUGUCAGAUUUUGCUCUUCAAUGUUCCAAAAUGUACAGCGAGCUACGGCGUGUGUCACAGAACCUAAAUACAGACCAGAGCUCACCAUGAGUAUUGGUUUUUUUUUCUUUUUUCUUUAAUAUACAUAACAUUCUUUUCUGUUUUAUAUACUGCCUAUUAUAUGAUUGGGAUGGGCCCCGAAAUGUUCAGUCCAUGUUAAAGAAAUUGGAUGUAAUUUUCAUACAAUUGAAAAUGUGUAAGAAGUUCAAUGGAUUUUAGUACUAUAUCUUUUUUUUUAAAAUUGGAAA